ACUAUACCAUAUACAUGUAAAUUGGUAGCUAAACGUUCUCUCUGCUGCAUAACUUGCUAAUUAAUGUCGUCUAAUUUUGGAUUGACUUGCAGCUGAAUUUCCUGAAAAUGGACCGAUUCGAGUGGACAAAUGAUGCGUUAUUACCUCGAGAGACCCUUGUAAAGCAACAACAUGGGAUUCGUUUGUAUGAUGGGAACCAGAAGACCCAGUUUGACCAUGGAAUAGCUGUAUUGACGACUCACAGGUUGAUGUGGAAAGACAUGCAAGGCAGGGGAGUGAUCGCCUUUCAUCUCUCACUGAUUAUUUACAUAGAGAAGUUUCCAGAUUCUAAGGGCAAAGGGAGUGUAGUAAUUCACCUCCAGCCAGCUGCACCCAAUAAAAACCCCGGCCCGGUUAUGAGCAGUUCCAAUACAUACGUCAAACUAGGAUGCAGAGAGGGAGGAGAAGAACAGUUUUUCACCUGCUUGACUGAGCAGCUGUCCAGAAAGUUGUGGCAGUAUAUGCCAGCAGCACAGCAAUCCAAACCAGCAGCACAGCCUCGCUCCAUUCACAAAGGUAUUGUUGGAAUCGAGAAGAAAUUGGAAGAGAAAAGAAAAGCAACAGAUACAAAUAUAACCAAGGCAUUUGAAGAUUUGGACAAGCUUAUGACUAAGGCAAAAGAAAUGGUAGACUUGACUAAAACAAUAGCUAACAAGAUCAAGGAGAAACAAGGAGAUAUCACCGAAGAUGAGACUGUGAAGUUCAAGUCCUAUCUUCUCAGUCUUGGUAUAGCUAACCCAGUCACAAGAGAAACCCAUGGAUCAGGUCUCAAGUAUCAUGAAGAAUUAGCCAAACAACUUGCAGAGGUCUUGAUAUCACCCGUAGAGGAUAAUGGAGGAAUGAUGGCCAUCACAGAUGUGUAUUGUAGAAUCAACAGAGCGAGAGGGAUGGAGCUGCUAUCUCCUGAUGACUUGAUAGAUGCAUGCCAACAGUUUGAAAGGCUUCGACUCCGGUUGAGGUUACGAAGGUUUACAAGUGGAGUCUUAGUCCUUGAAUCCGUGUCAAAGGGUGAAGAGGCUGCGAUUGAUCAAACAGCUGAACUGCUCACUGAGAAGGCAUCGUUAAGUGCUGAUGAGCUAGCCCAGAUUGCUGGAGUCUCUGUAAUGUUAGCCAAAGGAAGGUUGCUGGCUGCCGAGGAAGUAGGGAAGGCAUGCCGUGAUGAAUCCGUGGAGGGACUUCGAUUCUAUCCUAAUCUAUUCCUCAACCCCCCAUCGAGAUAAUGGAAUACCCCCACCAUUCUGUAUCUAUUUUCCUGUACUAUAGAGAUAUUUUAUUUUAUUUUAUAUUGUUUUAAAUCUAAAUAAUGUUAUAUGUGUGCAACAGUAAACAUAUUAGAAGAAACUGUCAGAUUAUACCACGACAAUGAUGAUACAUAGCAAUUGUAGAGCCCAUAUAUAUAUAUAUAUAUUCAGAACUAUUCAAAGGUGCAGACUUCUCAAAAAAAAGUUAGUGUUCAAAUGGAAGUGUGGGGCUUUAGCAAAGUUUUGAAGAGUUCAAAUUGUCAGUUUUGAAAAAAUUGAAAAAUUAUUAAUGCGAUUGGUCAACGUCUUCAUAUUUGGAAAAAAAAAUUUGCUGUAUGAAAAUGAUAUUGAGGUUGGAGAUUAUGAGGAGUAUUAUCAAAUGGUAAAAAUCUUUCCCAAUAUUUUAAAAGGAUGUCAUCCUGUUUAGCUCCCGUUUCUUGUAGUGGCUGUUUCAAAUUCCUUGUAUAGCUGAUACAUGGAUCAUUAUUGUACAGAACAUGUAGAAAAUGGAAGCUUUGUCCUGAGAAAAAAACUGCAAUUGCCCCCUCUAGUGGUGAGAUGUCAGAAGUGCUUUUAAAGAUCUUGGCAUAUUAUACCAUGGCUAGGGUUUGAAUCCAUGACCCUCCAAUCCACUGGGCCAAAAUCAUACCUGAAGAGUUAAAAGAUCUGUACAUGCUCAAGCUUGUCAACCAAGGGACCUUAUGGCUUUCAAUCCUAUCCAAGGGACAUUGCAAUCAAGUGAUAAUGCUGUGCACCAAUAGCAUGAAAAUAAAAUUGUCCCAUGGCUUGAUGUACACAAAUAUUAUGGAAUAACAACAUAUUUGAUAUGCUUUAUGCAGAAAUUUACUUUGUUGCAUAAUGUUUAGCUCUAAACAGGGAUUAUAUGGUCAUUUGAUUGUUUUCAAAGCUGCACUCAUGCAGAGUAAAACUUAUAUCACUCAAGAAACUCCAUUACCUUGAGCAGGACCUUGAGUAGAUAUUCCUUUUUGUGUUAGCUCAUUGACUACUGAAUUACCAGUAUGUAUUUCAUAUUGAAUUUGUACAGGGAUGACCCUGUUCCAUUUGGAAAUGGGUAAAUUGAAUGAAAAGCAAAUAUUUUGCUUUUCAGCAAUUUGUAUUUGUCACCUGGGGCCGUUGAAGAAGAGCAUAUAUAUGGUAUUAUUACCCAUAUCAUACAUCUGAGCUGGUCAUCUACAAAAUCGUAUUGCCCUAGAUUCUCUGAAUAUAAGGAAGGGAUAGGUAUAUUAUUUGUAUAUUAUUUGUAUCUUGCUUGGUCUCUGUGCGCGUAUUGACUUUGCAUGCAGAGACGAUGCAAAAUAUACCUUUUCCCUGGUCUCACAUCCGGCCAUCUGAGGACACGUAGAAAGAGAUACGCGUCAUAUUGAUCUCUGGCUCGGACCAAUAUGAUUCUAUUGCGGACAGUAUAAUAUGGUGUUCCCCUCAAGGCCAGUCAAUAUUAUAUAAAUAUUGUUACGAUUCUUCAUUCGUUAUUCUUAUUGUAAUGCUGUUUUACAACUAAUUUAUAAUCAUGAAAAUACUGAUGGGAUUGAAAUGUUAUCCUAUAAAACGUUCUUCUUUAAAAUGAAAAUGUCAUCUGUAUAUAUCCAACUAUCAAUCAUGAAUAAAAUUUGUUUAAAAAUUUGCCAACUUGAGAAA